AUGCCUUUUCUUACUCUAACGCUUUCGGAGAGCCAUAGGCAGCGCAUGCUACUGUGUAUGGUGAUCUUCAGUUGCGUAUCAGUGUUCACCAGCCUGGGCCUUCUGAUCGUUGGUGCACACAUUAAACUACAGGUGCAGGAAUACGUGAACAUCGUCGAUAAAGAUGAGGGAAAUGCGAUUUGCAUUGUUCUUAUUGCAACUGGAUUACUUUCGAUGGCAAACUGCAUCUUCGGUGCUAAAAUCUUGACAGACUGUCGUGAGAUAGAACUUCGUGGACGGAGAAAGAAGUUUCUAUUACCUUACAUUGCCUCGUCUCUUACGCUAUGUAUCCUCACCUUGAUCGCUGGUAUCAUGUGUUUCGCGCACGUGAACAGUCUUCACUUGUCGUUCAGAAACGGGCUCACGGAUGCUAUGCAAAGGUAUAAGAGUAACCUCAUGCUAAAGGCAGAAAUUGACCGUCUUCAAAUCACAUACAGUUGUUGCGGCAAUAAAGGAUAUGAAGAUUGGUUUGCCAUUUCGUGGGUGAAUGAAAACAGCAUCAACCUAGAAUCGAAGGGAGUUGAAGCGUACAUGGGUACGGGAGAAUUCCUACAGGAUAACGUUCCGUUCAGCUGCUGCGACCCGAAGUCGCAUCGACCAUGCAUUCACCACAACGUGCAGGAUAACCACAAGCACUACAACUACGACUACGCCGCAAAGACCACGCUGUACACUGUCGGCUGCAAGAAUGCACUGAUGAUGUAUUUUGGCGACGUUCUGCUCGUGAACGCGGGCCGCGCCGUCUGCUCGAUAUUCGCCUCCAUGUUGUGCGGCGUCGUCGGCCUGCGCUUCCUGCAGACGUCAAUAGAGGAGGCUCUCCUGACGGGCGACGCCGCGGCAACUGCCCCCGGAUAUAUCAUCAAGGCGUCGGCAAAAGGCGCAGCUGGUGACGGCGACCGUGAACCGUCGCUCGAGGCAGGGCGUAUCAGCGAUGACGAUGGCGACAUGUACGAGUCGGAUUUCGCGGAUGCCGAAGAGAGCGAUCGAGAAGACCGUCGUCUUCUCGAGAUCGCAAACGAGCCGAUCUACGCCAAUGUUAACGAGGUGGAGCUUCAAUAG